AUGAAACUCCUAAUUAUAUUCUUAAUUUGCAUUCAAAUCUCAUUACCAAUACCUUUAGUAGUGAACACCUGGAACUUCCAAAACGCAACUAAAGAAGCUUGGAGAGUCUUAUCCGAAGGCGAGGCUAAUAAAAAAGAUGUCAGCAUCGAAGCUUUAGCUGCAGGCUGCAAAACAUGCCAAGAUGAGCAAUGCGACACGACAGUUGGAUACGGGGGAUCCCCAGACGAGAACGGCGAAACUGCCUUAGAUGCGAUGAUAUUUGACGGCGACACUAUAAACAUGGGAGCUGUAGGGAACCUUAGAAGGAUAAAGGAUGCCAUAAAUGUUGCGAAAUAUGUAUUAGAGAACACCGAACAUUCACUUCUAGCAGGAAAUUUAGCAACGGAUUUUGCGAAAAGCUUUGGGUUCUUGGAGGAAUCUCUACAAACGAAUUUUUCGUUGAACCAGUGGGAGAAUUGGAAAGAAAACAAUUGUCAGCCCAAUUUUUGGAAGAACGUCGAGCCUAAUCCUCAAAAAUCUUGUGGCCCAUACAAACCUAAAGAAAAUCGGCUGUCCAACGAAAUAUUAAAAUAUCCAAGCCGAUACAAUUCCCAGAAUCACGAUACAAUCGGAAUGGUAGUUAUAUCCGGUAAUGGUCACGUAGUUUCUGGAACAUCGACUAACGGCGCCAAAUUUAAAAUCCCAGGAAGAGUUGGCGACUCUCCAAUACCCGGAGCGGGCGCAUACGCUGAUAGUAAGUUUGGUGCAGCCGUAGCCACUGGAGAUGGUGAUGUCAUGAUGAGAUUUUUGCCCAGUUUUUUAGCAGUUGAAAAAUUGAGAGAUGGCGUUUCAUCUCAAAAAGCUGCAUCGAUAGCACUGGCCAGAAUUACGGAGAAAUAUCCGAAUUUUUUCGGUGCCAUUGUCGUGGUCGAUAAAAAAGGAACCAUAGGAGCCGCUUGUAAUGGAAUGGAGACAUUUCCAUACACGUUAGCGAACGCCCAAUAUCCAGAAGGCAUUAUUAAAUAUAUUAAAUGUACUUAA